UUCGUAGGAAAAAAUGGUGGCUCUAUGUUGACCGAUAGGAACAUCUUCAGAGAUUCUGCUGUGUGUGGCCAACGGGAAUUCCCAGUAAAAUGUUUUCCAGUAUUUGGGAACUAACAGUUCGAAUGGGGAUCAGCUAGGGAAGGAGUUUCUGAGGGGGCUCACAGGAAGAAGGAAAGCAUAGCAUUCCAGCUGGAUCUGCUUAGUCCCUUGGAAAUGGGGACAGAGUAAAGGGAUUGCACAGAGGUAGUCUGCUACAGAGCUGGGAAUGAUACAGAGAGAUGGAGGAGAGAAGGGAGAGUGAAGAUCUGAAGCUUUACUACCUGCUUCUCAGGCCUCCUUGCUUCCCUGGUUGGAGUGGCCUGUGGAUCUCUUGGAAUGCCUGCUGGAGUUUUGGUCAAGGAUAAUGCUAUGAGCAUUAAAAGUGACUUUGAAGGAGACGAUCGGGGUGAUGCACUGGUAGUGGAGCCAAGGAGGAAUGGAAGUCACAGAAGGCUAUUAUAUGAAGCUGGACAAAUGACAGAGCUGAUAAUCUGCAGAUAUUAACAUGGCAGGGGAACCCAAACCUUAUAGACCAAAGCCAGGAAACAAGAGGCCACUGUCUGCUCUUUAUAGGCUUGAAUCAAAGGAGCCAUUCCUGUCUGUUGGUGGUUAUGUCUUUGACUAUGAUUACUACAGGGAUGAUUUCUACAAUAGGCUGUUUGAUUAUCAUGGGCGUGUGCCUCCACCUCCUCGAGCUGUCAUCCCCCUGAAGCGUCCCAGAGUGGCUGUCACCACCACACGUAGGGGAAAAGGCGUCUUUUCCAUGAAAGGGGGUUCCAGAUCUACUGUUGGUGGGUCAUCUUCAUCAGGCUCUAAGUUGAAAUCAGAUGAGUUACAGACAAUCAAGAAAGAAUUAACCCAGAUCAAAACUAAAAUUGACUCCUUACUAGGGCGCUUGGAGAAGAUUGAGAAGCAGCAGAAAGCAGAGACAGAAGCUCAGAAGAAGCAAUUGGAAGAGAGUAUAGAGCUGAUCCAAGACGAGUGUGUGUCAGAGAAUGCAGACCACUCCACAGAGGAGCCUGCUGAAGGAGGGCAAGAAGCGGAUGGAGGAGAAAUGACUGAUGGGGUAGAGGAGGACUUCGAUGAAGAUGGGGGUCACGAGCUGUUUCUACAGAUAAAGUGAUCUGAAGUUGUAUACAAUAUUGUAAAAGAAGAAAAGGAGGCUGUGACAUGUGCAGAAAUGUCAAAGGUGAUUUCAUCCUGAACAGCAGCACCUCCAAUUCAGUUUAUAUAAAGCCCCAGUCAUAUGGACCAUAUUGUUCACUUUCAGACAUACCAUUUCUUGUGUGUGAAAAGCUGUAAAACUGUCAUUUUAUGGUUUACAUUGUAAAUGUAUUUUCCCUCUUUAUAAUUACAUUUUGUGAGUGUUAAAGUGUGAAGGACAUUAAUGAAUGGUGAGAGAGACACAGUAUACAAAUGUAUAUUUGUAAAAGCUAUUUUUAUGAUUAGCAUGUGUCAUUGUUGAUCACAUAGUCACAUAAUAUUGUAAUUCUACAUUUAAAGCUUGUUUCCAGCAAUGUCAUAUGGAGAAUAUACAUUGUAUGCUAGUUUCUAUAAUUUAUUUUCUAUUUAUAGUUUAAGGUACUUUAGACUAUGAGGAGAACUAUUUGAAAAAGCUAUAUUUCUGCCCUUUAUAAGCACCAUUUUAUUAAUAAAGAAUGCAGUUAUUUCAGAAGUGAUGCAACCGUUUAAGGACAUUGGUUUGACCUGUGAGCAUGCUUGGCACUAGUGAGCUGAAAUGAUCCAAUCAUCUAUUACUUGAGACUGACUGUGAAAUUCUGCGGACAGUUUUCAGUAUUUGGAUAGAUGAGAAGUAGUAGGAAAAGAUUGUCUUGUCCUGGGAUCCCAAAAUUUCAGUUAGUGCACACACCCCUUCAUCUCAUCCCCUAGUCCUCAGAAUCCUCUAUUCCCAAGAAUUGUAUUUUCCAAAUUCUCUUGGCUUUUGUCUUGUGCAGUUGAAAAGGGAGAGACCAUCCCUACAGAAUGUAGGCACAUUCAGCACAUAAUUUCUUAAUAAAUACUGGUUCUUUUAAAAACAAAUUGGCAUAUCCUUUGUCUUUUUGUGUCACUUUAUUAAUAUUCAGUGUGAACAGUUUGUAUCUCUACAAUGGGACAAAACAAGUCAAAAAUAAAAGCAAUCCAACCACA